AUGUCAACCACUCAAAGAAAUAAAGUCUCUGCUCAAGAAGGAAGGCUUCUUUUAGCCAUUCAAGCACUUAAAAAUGAUCAAAUUUCAAGCAUACGAGCUGCAGCAAAGCUGUAUGAUGUCCCUCGCUCAACCCUCACUCACCGUGUCUCUGGUCGUACAGCACGCGUGGACAUUCCCCCAAAGAACCGAAAACUUAGCCUUACAGAAGAAGAAUCACUUGUUCAAUGGAUUCUAGCCAUGGAUGAGCGAGGUCAGCCACCCCGGGUUGCAGCUGUACGAGAAAUGGCCAAUCUCCUUCUUGCCAGUCGAGGAAUCAACCCCUCACCCACAGUGGGUGAAUGCUGGGUACGAAACUUUGUCAAUCGCUAUGAAGAGCUGAAAUCCAAGUUCUCCCGCAAGUACGACCAUCAACGUGCACUAUGUGAGGAUCCUGAGGUUAUCCGUGGGUGGUUUAAGCUUGUACAAAACACCAUUGCAAAGUAUGGGAUUCUGGAAGAGGAUAUCUACAACUUUGAUAAGACAGGCUUUCAGAUGGGGGUUAUUGGGACUGUCAGAGUGGUGACUGGAUCUGAAAGAGCUAGGAAUCCCAAGCUUGUACAGCCUGGAGAUCGGGAAUGGGUGACUGUUAUUGCUGGGGUCAAUGCAAUGGGCUGGGCUCUCCGUACAAUGAUUAUCCUCAAGGGAAAGAUGCAUCAGUCCUCUUGGUAUGAGACUGAAGGGCUGCCGCAUGACUGGGUGAUUGGAGUCAGUGAGAAUGGCUGGACCACUGACCAGCUGGGCUUGUACUGGCUGAAAGAGGUGUUCAACAAGGAGACUCUACCCCGUACAAAGGGCAGAUACCGACUGCUGAUUCUAGACUGGCACCGAAGCCAUGCCUCAGCUGAAUUUGAUCAAUUCUGCUCUGAGAAUCAGAUCAUUGCUCUCUACAUGCCACCACAUUCCUCUCAUCUUCUUCAGCACUGGAUGUUGGAGCCCACCCAGCCCAACUGA